AUGGAGAAUAUCCUCGCCCGCAAUCGCGAAAGACUCGAUGCUCGAGCCAUGGUAAUGCUGCUGAAGCCCGAUUCAACGUGUGCAGAUCUAUGGGAUCUUGCGGCUGAGCUAGUCCGGGCACUUCAGAACCUCCCAGCAUCGCGACUGCUGCCCUCCCGGACCAGAAGCGGAACUAGCUUCCAUGACCUGUCGAGACUGAGCGUAGCACUUAUCCCCCACUUCUACCCCAACCGCAUCAAGUUUCUCCAGGGAGCCGUCCUCAACCGUGAACCCGACGACAUCAUUUGGAGUAAACGCGAUGAGUCUAUCACUCAGUCCAUCCCUCUCCCCUCCAUUCCGUCGAGCCAAUGGAUCUCGCCUGUGCGUAAUUCAAGCAACUUUGUGAACUCCUCCGAAUACCGAAAACACGUGGAGGGUGUACUGAAGGGGGAAGUUGGACUCGUGCACGUAGGCGUGUCUGGCUUCCAGGAGGCAUUCUUUGGAGACAUCGCGGGUCUUGACUCUACGGCCAAUGCCGUGUUUGAGAGGUGCAAGGAAGGGCAUGUCCACUCUACAAAGAAGGGGCCCACGGGCACUCGACGUAGGCGGUUGGCACGACUCUACACACACUUGCGAGACUCUACGGAUAAGAUCAAGCUGCGCAUUGGUUUUGUAGACCACGCGAACCUCGGCAACCGCUCCAAAUUCCACUGGUCGCAGAUUCUUGUGACGCGAGAGCUUAAGCCCAACCCGGUGGCAGAUGCUACACCAAAGGCAUGGUUCGACCUGGAGAGAUAUUCAGAAGAUCUUCUCUAUGCUCAGGACUCCCGUCGUUUCGUCCUGGGGUUUUCGUUGUGCGGAUCGCUUAUGCGCCUGUGGGAGUUCGACAGACUCGGCGCCAUCGCAUCUAUGCCUUUCGACAUCAAUCAAGAUGGGCUGCGCAAGGGAACAAGUCGAAGCACCGGUGCCACUGGGCCGGAGAGGAAGUGUUCUUCCUAUAACACAGGCGCUCCGCCGAGCAAGCAUGGCCGCUCAACCUCCCCUGUCAAGCCCGAAACGACCCCUCCAGUUCCGAAUACGGUGCGCCGUCGCGUCAUCGUCCGCGACUACGGGAAGCCCAUCUACAAGUCGAGCUCUCCGGCCGCUAUGCUCUCUGCCCUGGAAGAUUGUAUUGAAGGGUAUGAGUCUUUGCAUAGGCAAGCUGGCGUGCUACACUGCGACAUCUCUUCGUACAACCUCAUGGUAAAUGAGGAUGACCUCACUUCCCCGCGCGGUUUCUUGAUCGACCUCGAUCUCGCGAUUAAGGAAGAACAGUCAACGAGCCGCUCGGGAGCCCGAGGAAAAGUGGACACGAGGGCGUUCAUGGCUAUCGGGGUCCUUCUAGGCGAGGAGCGCUCUUUCAUGCACGAUCUCGGGUCGUUCUUCUGGGUGCUGUUCUGGAUAUGCAUCCACUACGACGGGUCGGGGAGGGAGUUUGACAGUUGGCAUUGUCAAAGUGACAAUGAUCUGGUUCGUUCGAAGAUCGGUACGAUAGGCGAUGAGAGCGAACUCCUCAGAGACGCGGAUGAAAACUUUACGCCCUUUUAUCGACCGCUGCUCCCGUGGGUCAAUAGGUUGCGCAAGGUUUUCCCAAACGAUGAGGCCAGAUCCGGGCUUGUAUUCGGAAAUGAAAAAAAUAGUUCAGGUCUUCUCUUUUUCGAACUUGCAAGCGGCUUCAGAGCAUGA